CAACCACCACGCGCGUGGAUCGUUUGUUGGAUGAACGGAAACGAACGGUAAAAUAAUUUAGUUUAUACCGCGAAUGCGGCGUGUACUGUACUGUGAGAAGCGUGAGAGGGAAAAGUUUAAAAAGUUAGUAAAUAUUAAUAAAAAAUUGUGUAUUUAUUGUUGAAAACGUUUGUGGAAUAAGUGAAAUAUUUAAAAGUGGACAUUUAUUUAUCUGGAUGAUGCAAAAUGCGUGUGGAUGACUGGAUGUGAAUUAUAACUACACAAUAUUGACACCGGCAGCAAUAAUGUCGAAACUAGUCAACAAGAAUCUCAUAACGCUCAAAUGCGUAUUGUUUUGUUUUCUAUCAGGCGUGGGAUGUAUAUUUCCAUACCUACCGCUGCACAUGCUCCAUGUGGGGCUGAACAGAGGCGAGGCACGCCUCAUAUCGGCGGUCGCGCCCUGCGUUGCCAUCCUCGGGCCGGCAGUGCUGGGAUGCCUUAUUGACAAGUUAUCGGUGGGCCGUGGUUCCACGGGUGGGGUUCAGGGUACAAGCGGUUCAGGGAAGCUGCUGCGCAUGGUGACCGCUAUAUGCCUCAUCCUGAGCGCUUUGUUCUACACACUACUGCUGGCCGUGCCGUAUACGGAACGACAUGAGGCGCGACGUCCACAAGUUUUGUUCAUGUGCGAUGCCGACAAUACAUACGUCAUGCAGGAGGUCUGCAAGGAAGACAUGCUCUGUAAUAGUUGGUCGGGAGUUAAGACUGGCGUGUUAGCGGUGACCUCAUGCGAGUAUGGUUGCGCCGAUGACAACAUGACGUGGGUGAAACAACCUUUCCCAACUACCACCACCACGACGAUGAACCCUGCGUUCUAUUCAGACAACCGCAAUAUGUCUUCAAACUUCACAUCAUUCGACGAGGUAGACGAGGAUGAAUACGAGAUUUACCCGCCGCACCUGUGCUACGACGGGCAGUGCCUCGUGUACAUGGCGCACUCUCGCCGCAUGCGGGUGCCAAUGUCACUGGAAGCGCCCACACCGCCCGCGGACAACUCCAGUGGCACGGACUCCUGGUGUACUUACCGCGCCAGCAGUCCCUCAUGUUCGGUGCCCUCGGAGAGGUUACCCGAGUCGAGCGUAAUGGAAAGUGAAUGUAAGCCAGCGGUGCGCUGCCAAGUGCUGGAUCCGUACGACGAGCCCGACGGUGUGUUGGCUGAUGCCGAGUGUAGGCUCACUAUUGGCGACCCGGCGUAUACCUUUACCGUCUAUUUGAUAAUCAGACUACUAGCUGACAUCUGGCCUACUGCCGCAUUGGCGUUGCUGGGUGCCGCUUGCGUGAUAGCGACUAGAGAGACGUCGCUAGGCCGCGGUGACGUCGGGAGACAAUUGGCCUUUGGGACCCUGGGCUUGGCGAUCUUCCCUCCUCUGGCGGGAUUAGCCGCAGAAUCUAUGGAAUCGCCAUUCCUUGUGCCGUUCGUGCUUCACGCCGUUUUCAUGCUGAUCGGAGCACUCAUUUUAAUAUUCGACAGCCAUAUGCCGUUGUCGACCCCGGAAUGGUGGUGGCACACGGCGACUGGAGUGCUGGCAAUGCCCAUGAACACGGUGCGGCGGUACGGGGCCGAAACUGCCGCGAUAUUCGCAGUCGUGGCUCUACUCGGAGUACUGUGCAGUGGGAUCGACGCCUACCUGCCUUGGACGGUGAUUGACAUGAACGGCACGAUGUUACACGUGGGUCUGACACUGACAGCUGGGGCACUGCCCGCUGUGCCCGCGCUUCUGUGGGCUGAGGCAUUAGUCGACUACGUAGGGCACUCCAACGUGUUCAUAUCCGCCUUCACCUUCUACUGCCUGCGGUACACCGGUCUGGCUUACGGCACCGAUUACGCUUGGAUAAUAGUGUGCGAGAUCCUCGAAGUGUUCACGAUGAGUUUGGUGUGGGUGACCGCCGUCCUGUACUUCAGACAUCUGGUCCCGCGUAAAUACACCACCACUGGCCAAGCUCUCCCGGUCAUUGCUCAUUUUUGUAUCGGUCGUUGCAUCGGCGCGAUAGUAAGCGGCAUGGUCUCGUUAUCGGAGCCGUUACAAUCUGCGCGCGAAAUAUAUCGCGCUUUAGGCAUCGCGUCGCUGUUAGCGGGAGCCGUAUACCUGGCGCUGUACCACCUGCUGCUCGCCCCGCGCUGCGCCGCCAGGCCCGUGCCGCCCCCGCACCACCUGCUGCAAGGGCUGAAUGCUAAUGGCGGUUCUAACGGAACAUAUUCUCCGAUGCGAGUGUACCACGAAGAACGUUCCCGAAAGGGACAUUUUCGUUAUUAAAUUAUAGGAUUACUUUACAUUUUAUCUACAAAUUAUGAUUAAAGAUAGUGCCUAAUUUAUCUCUUUGUCACUAGUUUAAGUAUUUAAGAACAGCAUUGUGAUAAAGUAAGUGCUUUUUUACUACUAAUGUUUCAAUAAUGUAUUUAUGAUCGUUCUGUAAUGCCUCAUUUGUUCGCAUUUUUGUAAAAUGUUAUUUUCUAUUAAAUUGUGAAUUUUUAUAAGAUGUUUCAUUUCAUCGUUAUUCUACUCGUACCUACCUAUGUCUUUUUUCUUGGACUUUCACAAGAGGUGCGUCGGUCCCUUUAUACUUUAAGACUUUUCGUUCGUACACAAAUCUUCAAUACCUGACGACUUUGGUCUCUACAGUACCCCUAGUACGAACCAAUAUCGAAUUCGUAUCGUUUGCUAGUCCGAAAUGUCAUUGUCAAAUGUGUACUGAUUUUUAGUUCUCGUUACGUACUUUGUGCCGCUGCUGUUCAAGUUUCCAUACAAAAUUCUGAUUUGAUUUGAUUUAUUUGAUAAUGACGUUUCGUUACGUUACAGAUUUGCCAAAAUUCAUGCUUGGACCUCUGGUUUUCUAGGAUAGCGGUACUGUCAUUUUGCGGCGAAACGAAUACAGAGACCCAAGCACAAGGUAUUGACAGCUUCAUAAAGUAUCGUAAUUAUUUUCAAAUUUUGUAUGGAAAAGGCUAG